CGUGAAUCUAAGAGAAAACUGUACAACGUAACCUAUAAAUAUUGAGACUGCGCGUAAGAGAGAUAAUUUCUAUAGUUAAUUAGAUUUUAGAUGAAAACAGAAAGCAGAGCAGAACUCUACUCUAGUGUAAUGCAUAUUCGUUCGUGGUUGUGUAGGAAUAAAUAAAACAAAUAUGUCAAGUGAAACAGUGAAAGAAGGGUUGCGCUUGUAAAAGACAAAUAUAUGUUGAGUGUUUAUGGUGAUAGUUUAUGCAAGAAUAAAUAAAGUAUAUUAGAACUGAUUCUGAAUCUGUCAUUAUCAGCUGAUAUGAUAUAUAUAUGGAUACUCUCUCUAUCAGGACACUCGGUUAAUGAAUUAUCAAAUUAUGAAGAUGAACUCAAUUGAAUAUUAAUUUGUGUUAUAUUAUUUUGUGGAAUAUAGAUCAGUCAUAUACUUAAUUGAAAAUGGGUGCUACAUUCAGUAAUGGACAAGAUAAUGAUGAACUUGUUGACAAUCUUGUUGAUUCAGGCUAUAUUAGAUCAAAAAAAAUUGAACAAGUCUUCAGAGCUGUUGAUAGGGGUGAUUAUUUUCUUUCUUCACACAGAGAUAAUGCAUAUAAAGAUUUUGCUUGGAAACAUGGUAAUAUACACUUAUCAGCACCAUGUAUAUACUGUGAAAUUAUGGAAGAGUUAGCGUUAAAACCUGGCUUAAGCUUUUUAAAUCUUGGCUCUGGAACUGGUUAUCUAAAUACAAUGGCAGGAUUAUUGUUAAGUCAAAGUGGUACAAAUCAUGGUAUUGAACUACAUGAAGAUUGCGUUAGAUACUCUUACGAUAGAUUGGAUGAAUUCAAACAAAAGUCUCUUGCUUUAGAUGAAUUUGAUUUUUGUGAACCAAUUUUUAUUCAAGGGAAUUGUUUAAGUAUAGUACCAGGAAGACAAUAUGAUAGAGUUUAUUGUGGUGCCACAUGUCCGGAGACUCAUGAAAUAUUGGUGAAGCAGUUUGUUAAAGUUGGUGGUAUUUUAAUAAUGCCUUAUAAAGAUAAUUUAGUGAAAGCUAAAAAAAUUAAUGAAACUACUUGGGAACAUGAAACUAUACUACCAGUAUCUUUUGCCAAUUUAAUAAUACCUAGUUCAUCUGAAUUAAUCAACCAUUUACCUGAAUGUGAUCCGUUAUCUCUGCAAGAAUUAUGUCGUGGUAAGAUUCGGCAUCGAUUACGACACAAUGUCUGGUUCGAGCAUACGGAUCUAGAAACGCAUAAGCCCAUUCUAUCAGAACGACAUCAGCCUAGCUCGCCACAUAGAGCUCUCCACCAAUUUGUUAUUCCUAUAUAUGAAGAAUCCGAUGAUAAUACGUUAAACGAGGAUGAAGUGGCACGAGUGCACAGGACUCAGCUUUUGUUAAACGUCGAUGGCCCACCCGGUGAAGAUCUUCGGACAACUCUACAGAUUGUACGAGCGGUUAAUCAACCGAAUCGCAACGGGGAGCCCAAUGCAACCGAAAACUCGUAUCAAGAUAUUAACUGGAUGAAUGAUGAAGACGAAUCACCCAGUGUCGAAGAUGAUACACAAUUUGACACAAAUCCAAAUAGUGAAAGGCAAGAUUCAGAGAGUAGCUCGGAUUCUGCUUGCGAAAAAUCACAGUCAGAGAGCCACAGUCAAAAGAAUAAUAGUGACUUUCAUGGAAACCGAGGCCUAACAACUAAUAUCUCAGCGUAUUCUAACAUGAGUGAAAGUGAAAGUGAUCAAGAUGUUGAUAAUGAGCAUAAUGCAUAUGUUACCUGUCGCUCAACGUUACAGCAACAGUCAUCAUUUAUGCAUCGCAAAAAUGGAAGCCGUAAAGAAAAAGCUGAUAGUGGUAUACUCGAUGAUGUGUCUAAUGCUGGUAAUGAUGAAGAAAGUUUGAGUUCGGACUCGGACUUUGCAAAUGGUACUCCUGUUAAACAUAAACGUAGUAACUCUACUAACGAAAAUCGAUCGUCGAUGUAUAACAAUAAUAAUAACAGCAACCGUGCCAAUGAAUCGAAUUUCAAACGAAAUCCUCUUAGAAAUCUUAAUCCCAGCGACAAUCCGUAUACAGGACACUACGUAGAUACAAAUGCUUUCUCUUCAUAUAUGAAGGAAAAAAUACAUCAACUGCCCUUGCCCUACUCAUUAAAGCUGUAUAUAAAUUACAAUCGAAAUCUGUAAUGUUUAUAGUACUUUUAUUUAGUAUAUCAAUGGUAUAAGUGCGUAUGUUAUGUUGUAAGGUAUGAAAGGUGCCUUUCUAGAUGUGAGAGGUAAUCAAAGAUUGCUCUCGCGCAAUUUUGUUGGUACAUGCAUUGAAAGGACGUCAAAUUUGAAUAAAGAUUUUUUUAAAGUUGUAUAAGAUUUAUUACUGCCUUAACUAAAG